CUUCAACGAGCUCCAGGGCUGGCUAAAUGGGACAGUUAGGGAGUCCCACAUACCUUCUUCUCGCUCCCCCAGUGGUUGAAGGAUGCAUAAGGUAUUUCCCAGGCACAAAAAAGGUAAACUGUACUGUGCACCGAUUCCAUAAUAAUUUCUUCUUUUUCUUCACCAGGUUAAUGCCCCCACGGUGUUCUUUAUACAUUGAAUAGUGGGGACGGACCAUAACUCACCACAUGGACCCAGUGCAGAUUCGUGGGUGUUGAUGACUGCAUAUGCAGCCGGGACUAAAGACCUAACGUGCGUUCCGGAAGAAGUACGGAAGCUUAACUUCUACUAAUCUAACACAAGUAAUAACACUUGUGUUAAGUUAGACUAUGCAGAUGACGCGGAAAAUGGAUCCUGACCUAAUGAAAGAAGAGCUGACCUUGGACACGUCUACCAGGACAUCACGCUUCACGACUAUCUUCAGUACAGAAGAUGAGCACUCUAGUAUUCAGAAUACUUCAAAUAUUACCACCAUUGGUGGAAACGACUUGAAUUACUACUACUUCUAUGACUCGGUCCAGUUCACGGUUAUGUGGGUGUUAUUCGUGGCCAUCGUUGUGUUGAACGCUUCUGUGAUAGCUGCCCUGCUCUGCACCAACGCCAGAAAGAGUCGCAUGAACUUCUUCAUCAUGCAGCUGGCGAUAGCUGAUCUCCUGGUUGGCUUGAUAAAUGUUUUUGUGGACAUCAUACAGAGGAUCACGAUAGCGUGGCUGGCGGGCGAGUUUAUGUGCAAAAUUGUCAGAUUCCUCCAGGCUGUGGUGAUGUACGCGUCAACUUAUGUACUGGUUGCACUUAGCAUAGAUCGGUGUGACGCCAUCACUAACCCAAUGAACUUCUCUGGGAGUUGGAAUCGCGCAAGAGUCCUCAUUAUAUCAGCAUGGUUCAUCAGUGUUAUAUUCUCCAUUCCAAUAUUGAUACUGUACGAAGUUAAAGAAGUUCAAGGCCAACUCCAAUGCUGGAUAGAGUUGGGCACUCCACGCCGUUGGCAAGUGUGGGUGACUUUAGUUUCCGUGAUGAUCUUCGCGUUACCGGCGUUGGCCAUCGCUGCUUGUUAUGCUGUCAUAGUCCUGACCAUUUGGACUAAGAGUAAAGCGGUCGUCAUGAGUCCACCUAUCAACUCGCGAAGAUCUAAAACCAUGAGAAACGGCCAUAUAGAAAGUGAUCCAGACUCGAGACGAGCCAGUUCUAGAGGUCUCAUACCGAGAGCCAAAAUAAAAAGUGUCAAAAUGACAUUCGUCAUCGUUUUUGUGUUCGUACUAUGCUGGUCGCCGUACAUUGUCUUCGACCUACUCCAAGUUUAUAACCACAUACCACCGACGCAGAAUAACUUAGCGAUCGCUACUCUUAUCCAGAGUUUAGCGCCGCUAAAUUCAGCUGCCAAUCCGCUGAUAUGUUGCAUGUUCUCACCACAUAUUUACAGCAGUUUAAGGAGAGUAGCACCGUACCGCUGGGUUUGCGGGCGUAGACGCGGGCGGGCGCGCGGAACACUCCGCUCCCGCUCUGAUUCCACCGCGCACUCUGACUUGCUCAGCUCGACGCACGCGCGCCGCUCCCACUCCGUCGCUACAAUACUAAACCGCACACGUAGCGGAAGCGUAUCGCAUGCGCAACAGGAGCAGCGGCGGACGCAACUGCUGGUGCUAGUGUCCACGCGCGACUGACGGUGCGCCCGCCAGCCCGCACGUGACGUCAUGCUCUAGCGCACUCUAUAGUCACAUACUAGAAUACAGAACACUUCUACAUGGUGCUGGGGACGCCCGCCAGCCUGUGCGUGACGUCAUGCUCUAGCGCCAUCUACAAUCACACACUUGCAUACCGAAUACUUCGACACGGUGCUGAUGUCGCCCGCCAGCCCGCACGUGACGUCAUGCUCUAGCGCACUCUAUAGUCACAUACUAGAAUACAGAACACUUCUACGCGGUGCUGGGGACGCCCGCCAGCCUGUGCGUGACGUCAUGUUCUAGCGCCAUCUACAAUAACACACUUGCAUACCGAAUACUUCGACACGGUGCUGAUGUCGCCCGCCAGCCCGCACGUGACGUCAUGCUCUAGCGCACU